AUGUUCACCUUUUGCCCCCUCCAGGGUGCCCUCUCCGAGUCGCCCGCUUCGCAGUCCCUUCUUGAGCUUGAUGGAGGUGUGAAAGUGCUGGUUGAUCUAGGAUGGGACGAAUCAUUCGACGUUGGCAAACUCAAGGAGAUUGAGAAACAAGUCACGACUCUCUCCCUCAUUCUCGUUACGCAUGCGACUGCAUCUCAUCUCGCUGCCUACGCACACUGCUGCAAGAAUAUACCACAGUUCACACGCAUCCCCGUAUAUGCGACACGGCCCGUCAUCGACCUUGGCCGCACCCUUAUUCAAGACCUCUACAACUCGAGCCCUGCUGCGGCGACGACCAUCCCACAGAGUUCGCUAUCCGAGACUGCCUACUCAUUCGCCCAGACCGCUACGACGGCGCAAAACCUCCUCCUUCAGUCCCCGACCAACGAAGAUAUUGCACGAUACUUUUCUCUAAUCCAACCGCUUAAAUACUCGCAACCACACCAACCUCUUCCAUCGCCCUUUUCACCACCGCUAAACGGCUUGACGAUUACUGCAUACAACUCUGGACAUACCCUCGGUGGUACAAUAUGGCAUAUCCAACAUGGCCUGGAGUCGAUUGUGUACGCUGUGGACUGGAACCAAGCGCGUGAGAAUGUGUUUGCCGGUGCAGCUUGGCUGGGAGGCGCUGGAGGCGGCGGUGCUGAGGUCAUUGAGCAGCUACGGAAGCCAACUGCGCUGAUCUGCAGCAGCCGGGGCGCCGACAGGACUGCCCAAGCUGGUGGUCGUGCCAAGCGAGACGAGCAGUUGAUUGAUACCAUCAAGGCAUGUGUGACGCGAGGAGGCACGGUUCUCAUCCCUGUGGACUCGAGUGCUAGAGUUCUAGAACUAUCAUACCUACUGGAACAUGCGUGGCGGACAGACGCUGCCUCUGAGGAUGGCGUGCUCAAGGCAGCCAAGCUGUAUCUGGCUGGUCGCAACAUGUCGAGCACAAUGCGGUACGCGCGAAGUAUGCUUGAGUGGAUGGACGAUAGCAUCGUCCAGGAAUUUGAGGCUUUUGCCGAGGGCCAGAGAAAGGUCAACGGCGCGGGUGACAAGAAGGAGGGAGGACCAUUCGAUUUCAAAUACCUACGACUGCUUGAACGAAAGGCCCAGAUCGCGCGACUACUGAGCCGCGGCUUUGAGAACGUCGAGACGGAAGGACGCGUGAUUCUGGCGAGCGACAGCAGCAUCGAGUGGGGAUUCUCUAAAGACUUGAUCAAGGGGCUGGCUAGAGACUCGAGGAACUUGGUCAUCCUGACAGAUAAGCCAGGCUUGUCAAAAGACGACAAGCCAUCGAUUGCGAGGACGCUCUGGGACUGGUGGAAGGAACGCAAGGACGGCGUAUCGGUGGAGCAGACCAGCAGCGGAGACAACAUCGAGCUUGUGUAUGCUGGUGGACGAGAGUUGGAGAUUCGUGAGGCUCAACGCCAGGCACUGGAGGGUGACGAGUUGGCAGUCUACCAACAAUGGCUGGCAACUCAGAGACAACUCCAGGCGACACAACAGAGCGGUGGCGCGGCUGGACUUGAGGCAUCAGCUGACGUCGUUGACGAUGCCUCGUCGGAAUCAUCAUCUGACUCUGAAGACGAGGAUGGUGAGCAGCAAGGCAAGGCGCUUAAUGUUUCGACAACAAUCGGACAAGCUGGCCGGAAGAACGUUGUUCUCAAAGACGAAGACCUCGGAAUCAACGUGCUCAUCAAGAAGAAGGGCGUUCAUGACUUUGACUCGCGCGGAAAGAAGGGCAGAGAACGGACGUUCCCUAUUGCGAUCCGCAGGAAGCGCCACGACGACUUCGGAGAGCUCAUUCGACCCGAGGAUUACCUCCGCGCAGAGGAGAAGGAAGAGGAUGGUCAGGAUAACGCCAACAUGGAGGCUGCAGACGACAAGCUCGGCAAGAAGCGCAGAUGGGACGACGUGGCCAAGAACGGAGCCGGAGCCAACAAGCGUCAACAGACUACAAGAGCUGGCUCUGUUGAUGAUGCUGAAGCUGGCGCAGGCGACGGCUUUGUCCCUGAUGAACUCGACAAUGUGGAGGAUAUCGAGCCUGAGGAGCCAACAGGACCAUGCAAGCUCUCAUAUCAGACCGAGACCGUCACAGCCAACCUACGCAUCGCGUAUGUCGACUUCAGUGGCCUGCACGACAAGCGCAGUCUCAACAUGCUGAUCCCGUUGAUCAAGCCCCGGAAGCUCAUCCUGGUUGGCGGUGGACGGGAGGAGACACUCGCCCUGGCUGAAGACUGCCGCCGAGCUCUCGGAGGCGAUGCUGCUGACGGCGAUGGAUCAAGUGAGCGUACUGUCGAUGUGUACACACCUGAAAUAGGCACUCUGGUGGAUGCCAGCGUUGACACCAACGCCUGGGUCGUCAAGCUUGCCGACUCUCUUGUCAAGAAGAUCAAGUGGCAGAACGUUCGCGGUUUGGGUAUUGUCACCAUCACCGGCCAGCUGCUGGCUACCAAGCUCGACGAUGCUCCAGCGGGAGACCAAGACGCAGCCAACAAGCGUCAGAAGACCGAGGAAAGCUCGACAACAGCCCUCAGCACCGUCGUGGCGUCUCCCAUGCCUACUCUUGACGUCCUCCCCGCCAACCUCGUCUCGGCCGUGCGAUCUGCCGCCCAGCCGCUACACGUGGGUGACCUGCGUCUUGCAGAUCUACGACGUGCCAUGCAGUCUGCCGGACACACGGCCGAGUUCCGUGGCGAGGGUACACUCGUCGUCGACGGAACUGUGGCAGUCCGCAAGACGGCGACAGGACGUGUCGAGGUGGAGAGCGUCGGCAUGCCCACUGCUCGCCGGAGCACGUUCUACGAGGUGCGCAAGGUGAUUUACGACAACCUGGCCGUCGUCACUGGUGCAUAG